AUGGCCGACAUCCUGAGUAUCGGCGGUGAGCCGAUCUUCGACGAGCGCAUCGUCGGAAUCAAGACUCACACGUAUAACCCGUACGUCAACACGACGUUCGGACACAACGACGAGAUACGAAUACCCAUACAGCAGCAGGAUCUGUAUACGCUGCCGUGCGACAGUUUCCUGUACGUCGAGGGACGACUCAACGACGACGGCGCGACGAAUGAGGAACAAUACGCGAAAUUAGUCAACAACUGCGUCGCGUUUAUGUUCGACGAAAUUCGAUACGAGCUCGACGGCGUGGAGAUCGACUGGUGUAGAAACGUCGGCAUAACCAGCACGAUAAAGAACUACGUGUCGCUGACCGUCAAACGAGCCAGAAAACUGCAGAACGCUGGAUGGAGUUAUCCGACGAGCGAAUCGAAUCUGAACAACGCGUCCCAUCAAUUCAACUUUUGCGUAGCUUUGAAUAUUCUUUUGGGUUUCUGCGAGGACUACAGACGCGUGGUGAUAAACGCGCGACACGAGCUUAUCCUGAUACGCUCUCGUAGCGACCACAACUGCGUCGCAGAUCCGAAGAAGACCGUGCCGAGAGAUCCGGCCAAGGAUCCUAAAAUUACGUUGUUGAAAGUGCAAUGGCGUAUGCCUCACGUGGCGCUGAACGACAGCACGACCAAGCAUUCGUGGGCCGUGAAAGCCGCGCCGCAAUUGGAGAAGCCGCGAUACGUCAUAUUCGCGCUGCAGACCGGACGGCGAAUCGAAUUCGCGGGCGACGCCUCGAGGUUCGAUCAUUGCGCGCUCGCCAACGUGAAAUUGUAUUUCAACUCGGAAUUCUAUCCCUACGACGACGUGAACGUGGAUUUCGAGAGCGACAAGUUCGCCGUGCU